UCAUUGCUUCGAGGGGGUCCACACCUGAGGCAGACGCGUGUGAUAUGGUUCAGGCAGAUCGUCCAACCAUGGAGUAAAUAAUCAAAAUCUCCUCCAUACUCCCAGGGCGAUAACCUUCGUUCUGCCGCAAAGUGAUAUUUUAAGGGGGAGGUGGAUUUUAACCUCAACCUUGCAUGCUUCUGCACUGCAGUGGCGACACCCGAGUUCUUGAACAUGCAUAUACGGAUAUAAGGCGAAAGCAACACAACACAAACUUACUUAUUCAGUAAAGCGCGCGAAAUCCAUGUCGGUAUGAUUUUGGUAGGAUAUGCCAACUUGAAGACUUCACGGGUGUCCCGCUGCAUCAGACCGGUCUUAUUCCGACUAUUACUACCCGCGAUUUCCGUAAGUUUCUCGCUGUCCCAACAGAUAGUUGACUUCUGGUGACCUGUGAUACUUCAAAGUAGAAGGAAAUCCUGUUUUAAAAUAUACUAUCGGAAACUAGCUGUAAAACCCUGCAUUGGAUUGGGGUCAAGUCUCGCCCAAACUGUUACUUUUGAGCUGACAACACCCCUUGCAGCUAAUAAGAGUAGCUCCUUAAAGGUUAAGCCUCUUCUAAUCUAUUUUCAAGCUAAAAAUGACAGAGGGAAAAGCAAGACCACUACUCAUUCAGCUUACACGUGGACAUCUUUUGAACUCUACGAUGUUAACGCUGCUCUUACUAGCUACUUUAUUUUUGAUGGGAAAGCAAUGUGAUGCUGCGGAUAGCAUCGCAUCUGGAACGGACCAAGAACCGAAUACACUGAGCUCGUCACAUGAUGAACACGUAGAGAAGAAAGGAUUUGCAAAUAAACCGAGGAGCCUAAAUGAUGAGGCGGAUCUGUUAUUAAGUGAGGAGGAGGUCGAAAGAUUUGAUGAUCAUUUCAUCGAUGAUGACGAAGGGUUUAAUGAGGAGUCUGAGGAUGAAGUCGACAACGAUGCCAUUGUUGACGCGGAUGAGAAUUCGGAAGAGUUAUUAGAUAAAGAUGAUCUCUGGUUAUUUCAGUACGAUCCAGUUGAGGUAGGUCACAUACAAGAUGUAGAAAUGGAGGAUGGUUCGAUGUUAAAGAUGAAGACACUGGCCAUAAACCCACCAAUAUUUGAAAUUAGAAACUUUCUCAGCGCCGAAGAGUGCGAUCAUAUCAAGGCUCUGGCCAUCAGGAAAGGUCUCCAGACCAGUCAAACCGUCCCUGAUAAACCAGACCAGACCGACGAAGAGCUGGAGAGGGUACUGGACUAUUUCGAAGAGCUGGACCAGGACCAGAACGGUCUGAUCAACGGGACCGAGCUCUUUGAAGCCAUCAAGUCGUUUCCAAGCGCACAGAAUUUCAAUCUAACCAUAGAACACGUCGAGGCACUUAUCAAAGAAAAGUUGGACCAUGGCGGCGAUUGCCUUCUCGACGUCGACGAGUUCAUCUACGCCGACACACCGGCCAUGGAAGACGAGAUCGACCGGUGGUUGGCGGUGAUCGGUGACUUGGGUGAGGAAGAGGCCAAGAGAACUCAACCCAGGGUCAGCGAGCAAGCUUGGCUUGACCAGUGGACAACGGAAGAUGAGGUCCUCGUACGACUUCAAGACAGAGUAAUAAGUCUGACGUUACUACCUCCUUCAAUCAUCCAGACAAGUGAACACCUUCAGGUGGUUCGUUAUCAGCCCGGUGGUCAUUAUCAUGCUCAUUAUGACUCGGAAGAAUUCGACGACGACCUCGAGUGUUCACACACCUUCGGCAUCGAAGACAGCGAUGAUGAGAGGAGGUACCGAAGCAAAGACGAUUUCACUGAAAAGAGAUUGUGUAGAUUGGCAACUAUUCUUUACUAUUUGAAUGAUGUUGAAGAAGGAGGCGGCACUGCUUUUCCAGUGGCGGAUAAUGAAACAUUUACUCAAGAGUCUCUGGAUGGCAUAUCGUAUGAUAUCUACGAUCUUUCUAACCAUUGCUACAAAUCUAAUGUAGUCGUACCACCUGAAAAGGGCAAAGCAAUAUUAUGGUAUAAUCACUACUUAGACGAAGAAAAUGGAUGGAUUGGUGAAAACCGAAACCAUUCGUUGCACGGUGGUUGUGACGUCAUCAAGGGAACAAAAUGGAUCGCGAAUAAUUGGAUCACCGUGGACCAUAACGUUGAGAGACAGAUUCUCUUUCACGACCGGUAUUACUCACAUAUCGAUCAGCAGUUUCCGAGUGAAGCCGAAUCCGCCGAACAUUUGUCCGAUGAUGGGACGGAAAUUGACGAGCAGUUCGGGGAUGGUGAUGAUGAUGAAUUCGCGCAGGACGAAGGGUUCGGUUCGGAAACCGGGGAUACCCGAAGAACUACCGAACACACAUCGGACAACGUUGACAUGAAAUCUGAGCAAGAGGGUGGUUUCCACUCGUCCGACCACGCGAAGGAAACUGAAGGACAGGCAGAAAAUUUGUCACACCAUAAAACGAGAGAAAAGUUAGACAAUGACGAAAGUGGAAGAUUAGAUAGUUUCUCAAGUACACAUAAAAGUGGGACGGAAUUCCGUAAGAACGACGAGUUAUAGCAUAGGCGUAUAAAGUCAAGGGUGUCAGCAGAGUAACCCAGGGAGCUCCGGCCCGGAGCUCCCUAGGUUAUCAGCAGAGUAGUUUAUUAUCGAUAGCCAUAACUAUUAAAAUGAAAAGUAAUUCUCAUCACCACUGAAAAUGACAUGUGGGUUUAAGAAAUAGAAAGACAUGACCUGGUUUAAUUUUACCAUCGUUACAAGGGGUUAAUUGGCUGUUUUCAAACAAGGAAUGCAACUUUUCUCGUCACAUGAUUUUAAGCAACAUACAGUCAAAGCUUUAUAAUACGCGAAAUCUUUAUUCUUGCUUAUCUUGUUUUGAAAGUCACACCAAAAAAUAGUUUUUUUACUUGUAGGGGAAAGUGUGGUCCAAACUUUUGACAAUAACAAGGAAAGCACCUAAGGAUCGAAUGUGAUAGCCCUCAUAGCCCUUUUCAAUCUGAAAUCGCGAGUUCAUUUGGAGUUCAAUUUUGCUAGAAAAUUAAACCAGAUUGGGGAGCCAGGACCUCGCAUGAAAUAUCAACCUUUUCUGUUAGAGAUGGCGCUCAAGGAGCCAGUGGGAGGGUUGACCGCCCGUAUGCUUUUUUCAAGUACUGUAGUGAAAAGGAUAAAAAAAUAAAGGGGGAAAGGUGAUACGGAAUUUUGGCGUUCUAUAUUACUCAUGCUAUUAAAUUUAACCCUUUGCGCGCUGAUGUUGCAAUCUUGCAAAUUUGUUCAAAUAAAUUCAACAAUCGUAAUAUUCUCCCUUACCUUGAAAUUAGAUAAGCUAAUAUUUUGUGGGGAUAACAUCUAUAUAAUAAAAAUAAGUAUCAACGGUGCAAUAUGGAAAUCUUGAAUUAAAGAAAGUAUAACAUGGAAGCUAUUGUCAUUAUUAUCCCCAAAAAUUAAUUCACCAUGCAAAGAGUUAAUAGAAUGACGUCACAUCUAGGUCUUCUCCCCCCCCCCCCCCCCCAAUCAGGAGCUAGACCUCGCUUGGUGCUGCCCCAGUUUUUUUUUUAGUAAAUUGAAUGUAACACUGUAAGAUCUCUCAUUCAUCGUGACAUCUAGUUCCCAUCCACUAGAAUUGUCCCUGUCAGGAAAGUUUCUUUUAGUUGUGAAUUGUGAAAUUUCUGCCAUCAGAAACUGAAAAAAAAGUGAUGGCAAGUCGCGACACUCUUAUAUUCUGCAAACACAUGACACUUAGUAUUUGGGUUUGAAAUUAAAGAAGAGAUCCAACGUUUACUCAAAGCCGGCUCCAAAAAGAGGGAAUAUGGGCGUGAAGUAAAGAAAAAAAAAACAAGAGAGAAAAUGGAAGAAAUGGAGGAUAUAAAAAGGAUUAAGGGCCUUUCAUUUUCUAAUACAAUUUUAGUUAAGAAGUAAGAAAUAAGCUAAAGUCACCUUGCACCCCCCCCUUAUAUCAAAACGAACUGGUGCCGCUCCUCAUCAUAUUUGUUAUCAAAACACAUUGGUGAUUAUAUCUGUUUCUGAAAAUCGAGACCUGUUUUUUCUCGGACGCAUUGAAUAAAAAAGAAAAUAAUGCCGAGACAUUUGAAAGCAACGUAGAUAAUAAUCUUGUAUAUAUGUUCAGAAUAUUUAAUUGCGAGUGAGUUCAUUUUAUUCUAGAGUUCCAAUAUUUGGGACGAUAAAAAAAAGUGUUUCGUUUUUAAUGAUGAUCAUUUGGGGAGUGCAAUUCUAAUUUUUAUGACGGGCGUAACCGGUAUGGCCGCUUGCAAAGUGAUUUUACAUAAUUUUAUUUUGCUAUAUGUAGAUAGCAAGCCGGACAGUACUUUUACUACACAGGCAUACAAUAGACUGAAUGAGUACUUCAUUAAAUGUUUUUAUCAUUCCA